AUGCCUGACUUUCGUCCUCCUGACUCUCAAUCUGUCCACUCUACGGCUCGCGACAGUCGGACAAUAGCUUCGCUUGAGGGUGAUGGAAAGGGUGCUGUCGCGGGUCCUGCAGUCCCUGACGGCAAGAACCCAUACUUGGUCGACUUCGAGCCGAACGAUUCUGCAGACGCGCAAACCUGGCCAAAGACCAAGCGUUGGUACUUGACGGCUUUGAGCGCGAUUCUUGUUCUGAACGCGACAUUCGCAAGCGCUGCACCGUCGGGUAUUGUUCCUCAGAUGAUGGAGCAGUUCGGGUUCGGACAGGAGGUUGGCGCCCUCACCAUCUCAAUCUUUGUGGCGGGGUAUUGCUUGGGUCCGAUAUUAUGGGGACCUUUGAGCGAGGAAAUCGGACGACGCCCCGUCUUUAUCAUUGCCUUCACCUUCUACACAGGCUUCCAGGUCGGCUGCGCGCUCAGCCGGAAUACGGCGAGCAUCAUCAUCUUCCGUCUGCUCUCCGGUAUAUUCGCCGCUGCACCGUUAACCAACUCCGGUGGAGUCGUUACCGAUCUCUGGAAGAGCGAAGCUCGAGGGCAAGCGUUGACCUUUUUCGCUGUCGCCCCAUUCGCCGGCCCCGCGCUUGGUCCUCUGGUCUCGGGCUGGAUAGCCGUUGCAGGUGUCUCAUGGCGCUGGCUAUACUGGGUCUUGACAAUCUUCGCGGGGUGUUGCCUGAUUGCAGCCACCCUCACUCUACCAGAGACGUACCCGCCCGUGCUUCUCAAGAAGAAAGCUCAGCGUCUUCGCAAAGAAACGGGGGAUGACAAGUACUACGCUCCGCUGGAGACCCACAAAGAACCCAUCAAUCAACGCAUCAAUCAUAUUCUGGCCAUGCCCUUCAAGAUUUUGUUCCAAGAACCUGUCUUGAUCGCACUAACACUCUACAUGAGCUUCUUGUUUGGAACCAUAUAUCUCCUCUUCGAAGCUUACCCUAUUGUCUUCACCGAGGGCCACGGCUUCAAUCAGGGCAUAUCCGCCUUGAUGUUCCUUCCUAUAUCGCUCGGUGGCGUGGUCGGUUGCAUAUUGUAUCUGGCCAUCUUCAAUCCGCGUUACGCGAAGUUCGCAAGGGAGUACGCCCCUGCGCCUGUCCCUCCGGAGAAGCGACUCGAAGCGGCAAUGCUUGGCGGACCUCUCUUUGCGGUUUCAUUCUUCUGGUUUGGCUUCACAUCAUACCCGGACGUCAGUUUUUGGAGUCCCAUGAUGGCCGGAGGCCUCCUGGGGUUCAGCAUCCUGUUGAUCUUCCUCUCCUCAAUCAAUUACAUCAUCGACAUGUACUUGAUGGCUGCAGCCAGCGCUCUCGCAGCCAAUACCGUCGUUCGCUCCAUCUUCGGUGCUUCAUUCCCGCUGUUUGCAUCCCAGAUGUUCACGGCAUUAAACCCGAGAUGGGCCUCGCUACUCCUAGGCUGCUUCGCGGCUGUUAUGGCACCCAUACCCUUCCUACUUGUCAAGUACGGUCCUGCGCUACGUGCUCGGAGCAAGUUCGCUCCCACGCUCCCCAUCGGUAUCCCAAAGGAUAGCCCCGAGGAGAAGCAGGGCGUAUGA